ACACCCAGUGGCAAUGUGAGUGCAGUAUAAAUGUCCCAUAGCAUAGACUCGGUAGUCAUAGACCUUUCGAAGACUGGACAGUUCUAACGAAGGGAUUAGAUUUAAUAUUAAAAAUGAAGUUAUUCACUGUAUGUGCGUUACUGUGCGUGGCGGCAGUUGCCUGGGGCAAGCCAGCGUCCACUUACACCGACAAAUGGGAUUAUAUCAACAUCGACGAGAUCUUAGAGUCCCAACGUCUACUCAAAGGAUACGUCGACUGUCUUAUGGAUAAAGGUCGCUGUACCGCUGAUGGAAAGACAUUAAAGGAAACGAUGCCCGAUGCGUUAGAAAAUGAAUGUUCAAAAUGCACACAGAAGCAAAAAGAAGGUUCAGAUAAAGUUAUUAGAUUUUUGAUCAACAAACGUCCCGAGUUAUGGAAGGAACUGGCUACUAAAUACGAUCCCGAUAAUGUUUACCAACAAAGGUACAAGGACAAAAUUGAGGCUGUAAAAGAACAUUAAAGCCUUAA